AUGCCCGACCUGACAAGUACUGGUGCAACUACAGCCCAAGUUGCUAAAGCUGCACAGCGCGGCGUGAAUGCUCUAUUAGAGAAUAUUCAAGCUAGUGAGCGCACGGGCGAACUCCUGAAUAAAAUUGGCCGUCAACUACUUUCCGUCAAAAAGCGAUUGGAGAGUAUUACAUCAGAGGUAGAG